UCAUCGUGAGGCUCCUAUAAUUCACACCCGUUCGCGUUCGCUCGCCUCCUAUUAUUCAUGCGUCCUCUCAUUUUCACCUUUCUCGGGUCCUGUAAUGCAUUCGCGUUCGCCUUCCCGCCUCUCCAUGCCCACUCCUCUCGUACGAGCAUUGUGGGGAAACUCGAAAUGGCCGCCAUAGCAUUACUAGCCUGGCACUCUCCUUCCACAGCGAUAGCUCUUAGACGGCGACAUUUGCGUCAAUCGUCCUGUUCACCUGUGCUUCUAGGGUAUCUCCAUCGCUUUACUAGUGAAUCCUAAUAUACAGGCACCCGCGGACCAGUGAGACGUCUUGACAGCUUCUAGAAUCCACGGCGGACCCGUGACAUCUGGAUCAGUGUGGAUACACUAGUACGGUGCAGAGAGAGAAUGUGGCGUAGAGUACGGUGCAUGUAAAAUCUGGCCAAGUAUUCUCGGUUGUUCUCGGUUGUCGCCGCAUGUUUCUUGGAGCAUGACAGCACGAUUACCACUCGAGCCGCCUUCUGAGGCGCCUAAGAAAGCGUGACAGCACGGUCACCACGUAAGCCUUGAUCCGAGACUGCCAUUGGUCACGUGUAACUUUAUGCAACUCACGUACUACUUUUAUGUAACUCACAUGUAACCACACGCUGCAACUGGGAAAGCUACUGUGCUGUAGCCAACGUUUACUCGGCUCGUGCGUUGGCGAGUGUGUGUAUCUCUCCGAGCGCAACGGAAAACUGGGGAGAGGGAACGCAGCAUCCGGAGCAGGCGACGCGACGUCAAGAGGGGUCGCAGCGUCAAGAGGAGUUUGAGAACUCUCAAAAACUGGGGAGACGGGACGCAGCAUCCGGAGCAGGCGACGCGACGUCAAGCGGAGUCGCAGCGUCAGCAAUCUGCUGAACAGGGAGCCAAUCGUCAGGAAGACUCGCAGCAUCAGGAAACGGACGACGCAGCACCAUGGAGACCCCACCGGAAGCCGUUCCACCGAAAACCGUUCCGGCGAAGAUCGUUCCACCAAAGAUCGAUCCACCGAAAACCGUUCCACCAAAGAUCGAUCCACCGAAAACCGUUCCACCGAAGAUCGUUCCCAUCAGCUUGCGAAUUGCGGAGAUCGCUUUCGCGGCUGGCUCAAUAGGGCUAUCUGUGAAGCUCACCGACCGCACGACCCAGAAUCCGACGCUCCUCCUCAACAUGACGCUCGCGAUUGCCGCCCUCUGUGCGAGCGUGAUGUUACUGAGUUACAUCCCGACGUCCAGUUUCGCCUACCUCCACACGACAAGGGCGAACCUGCUGCUACAGGUCAUCGAGAGCAAUAUCUUCAUGCUCGUCAUUCUCGCAGCUGGCAGUGCACAGGCCACUGCCAUCACCGAUUCGUACGGGCUUAACUGCGGGGGCUCCUCCGCCUGUCUGGUGGGCCGCGCCUGCAACCUGCUUGCCAUGCUCACGUGGCUCACGUUCGUAGCUGCCUGCUGGUAUUUUGCCGUCUGCCUUUACAUGCUGCCUUCUCCCAUGGAUGUGCCGGCCUCUUCAAAAACAGCCGGCCUCUUUUUGCCGGGCGGCAAAAAGAAACGUAAAAAAAAUAUCCACUGGAGGUACUGGAAAGGGAUCAAAUGAAAGUUUUAAGACAGCAUCAGAUGGAGAUUUGGAUUUUGAUUGGACAAUAGGGCAUCAGGUGGGAAUGUUGAUAGGGCCUCGGGUGGGGAUGUAGAACAUGGUUUAGGUGGAGACAUGGUAAAAAGUGCAUCUGGCGGGGAUAUCGAACGGGCAACAGGUGGAGAUAUGGAAAGGGGAUCAGGUGGGAAUACCGGCACUAUUGAUGGAGCAUCAGGUGGGAGUGUAGAAACGGUGUCAGGCGGGGAUAUAGAAAGGGGAUCAGUUGGAGUCACCAGCAAGGCCUCAAGUGACAUUGAGCAGGCAGGAACUAUGGACGUAGAGCAGGGCUCGCCUUGUGAAAACAUCCACUAAAGGCUUGUUCUCUGAGUUUGUUGUACUAGCAAGCAAUGGAAUGGAACAUCCUUAUCAAUUGAGAAGACAAGGGAAUGGAUAAAUGAUCGUCCCCUGAUGUGGAUGUGAUUCAGAUGAGCAUGCUCGCUUCAAGCAUGAUGGAAUACA